GGAGGGAGAGGAUAAAUAGCAGCCUGGCUUCCCUGGCUCCUCUCUGCGUCCUCCUCAUCUUCCCAACAACAUGCAUCUUGCCAGUCUGAUCAGCUCCUGCUCCCUCCUCCUGCUACUGGGGGCCCUGCCUGGAUGGGCAGCUAGCGAUGACCCUCUUGAGAAGGUCAUCGAAGGGAUCAACCGAGGGCUGAGUAAUGCAGAGAGAGAGGUUGGCAAGGCCCUGGAAGGCAUCAAUAAUGGAAUCACCCACGCUGGAAGGGAAGUGGAGAAGGUUUUCAGUGGACUUGGCAACGCGGGGAGCCAGGCCGGCAAGGAAUUGGACAAGGGCAUCCAGGGGCUCAACCACGGCUUGGACAAGGUAGCCCAUGACAUCAACAGUGGCGUCGGACAAGCAGGAAAGGAAGCAGAGAAGUUUGCCCAUGGGGUCAACAACGCUGCUGGACAGGCUGGAAAGGAAGCAGACAGAGUGGUCCAAGGGAUCCACAGUGGGGUCAACCAGGCCGGGAAGGAGGCAGAGAGACUCAGCCAAGGGGUCGACUAUGCUGCUGGCCAGGCCGGGAAGGAAACGGAGAAACUUGGCCAAGGCGUCCACCAUGCUGCUGGCCAGGCCGGGAAGGAGGUGGACAGGUGGCAGCAGAAUGUUCAUAAUGGGGUCAACCAAGCCGGCAAGGAGGCCAACAAGCUACCGAAUACCAGCCAUCAAGGCGGAGCUACCGGCUAUCACGGAGGGGCCGGAACCACCACAUUAACAUCUGGAGCCUCGGUCAACAAGCCCUUCAUCAACUUUCCAGCUCUGUGGAGGAGCGUCGCCGACAUCAUGCCCUGAACUGAUGCCCUGGCCUUGCUGGGCAGACUCAUGUUCCCGUUGUCAUAUCAACUGAAAUGUCCUGGAGGAGCAGAGGGUGGAGCAUAUAUUCCUAGAGUCUCUUGAGGGGAAUAUAACGAAUUUGUGAAUAAAUGUGGUAUACUGUA